CGUGUCGGCCGGCCCGCCGAGCCCGAUCCCGACUCAGCAUACAUGGAGAGCGACCGGUCGGAUCCCGCCGCUCGACCACGGUCCCGGUCUCCUGGCACCGGGACCGCCGCGACCAACAUGCCGUCCCGACCAAACAGGAGCAUGCCCGCAUGUGACCGGUGCCGCAAGUUCAAAAAGAAAUGCAGCAGGACCUUGCCCGUAUGCUCGCUCUGUGCCAGUGCGGGCCAGAAGUGCUCCUUCUCGACGCCGCCCACGACCUCUGCACAGACCCAUCAACUCAGAGCCCGCGUGAUAUGGCUUGAGAAGUUCAUCGCCGACAAGGUACCCGGCGGGCUCCCAGACAGCCAGUCCUUGGCGGACGCUCCAGAACACGAUGGUUCGCUCACGGAUACAUCGCCCGGCACUCAGCCGAACAACCACGAUGCGACGUCUCAGAGCUCAGGGGCAGAUCCAGAUCGCCGCAUCCAGACAACUGUUGAUAUGAGCAUGGGCUCGGUCAUGGAUGGGCCUCCCAACGGCCGUCUAUCCAUUGCCACAGAUCAAUCACCCGUAGCAGAUGGCCCCUUGACUUCAACGUCACAUAGCGGUGGUCUCCCUUCAGACGCAGUGGCUCGCAAGUUCGUCGAUGCCUACCUCCGCAACGUAAACAGGGCGUAUCCCUUCGUUGAUCACAGGAAACUCCAGGAGAGCUUGGAAAGUCUUGAUGAUCUGUCGCGAUACCAGCGGAAGGCUGAGUCAACGCUCUUAUAUCUGGUCAUGGCCAUCGGCUGCACAACAUUGCAGCGUGCUGGACAGAUUCCACCCGACAGCGCCUCAAGGUUCCAUAUCUCAUACUCGGAUAUCAUUCAGGAGUGUGUCUGCAUUCAGAGUGUGGAAUCAAUACAGAUCCUUCUGUUGCUCGCACUAUAUUCCCUCUUCGACCCUUUCGCACCAUCCGCAUUUACAAUCGUGGGCAUCCUGUCCAGGCAAGCAAUGGUCCUCGGGUUGACCCGGCGAGCGUCUGACGACAAGAAUUUGACUGCAUCUGAGGUUGAGCUCCGACAUCGGCUGACAUGGAGUAUCUACAUCCUGGAUCGGAUGUUGUGCACCUCGUUAGGCCUUCCGCCUGCCCUGCUAGACGAGAAUAUGAGCACACCGCUGCCAGGCCUGACCAUUGAAGAGUUUGCAUCGCCAGACAGAGGUCAGCUCACCAUGAUUUUACAGACAAGCCGCCACGUCGUCCAGCUCAGACAACUCGAAGGCCGAAUCCUGGAGGAAAUCCAUUGCAAAAGACCGUCCGUGACCGUUUUGCUUAGUCACUCUGACCGCCGCGUCAUUCUGCAGCAGAUCCGCACCGAUAUUGAGAAUUGGUACAGUAACGGGUGUCUGGUCUCACCCACUGAGUCUGACAACGUGCCUAUCCACAACUCGAUGACUUGGCUCACUGCACGAUAUUACUAUCUGCUGGUUCUCCUAUAUUACCCUUGUCAUUUCAAUCCAGUCGGACUUAUCGUCCCACGGACGGAGCUGAUCCGGUACUGUCAAAAGCACUUGCAAUCAACGGCAGCGCUCUUCCACCACAGACAACUGCCCCUGAACACGGUUACUCUGUAUCGACUUUUCCCGGUCAUCAUGCUUCUGAUGCAUCUCUUCCUCAGCUCGCCGGCCGACUGUAUGCCCUUCCCUGAGGACGAGACGGUCACGGUUGUGGCCAUUUUGGAAGCGUUUCCGGAAGUUUGGACCUUGGCACGCCAAGCCGCGCAGAUCACACAGCGUUUUCUUGACUCUGUCCGUGCGAUUUCAAGCUACAGCUCCUCAAUCUCGCAGUACCCCUCUCAUGGCAACUCGUCUUUCAUGAACACAAUUGGCGCCCCAUCAAGGGAAACAUGUCUGAAUGUGGUACGUCCUCACGCCGCGGCUUUCUUGGCGCUCGCGCAGGAUGUCCUCGGUCGGGCAAGCUGCUGGCUCUUGAACAUGGUGGAUGACAAGGACCUGGCCGAUCCAGCCGCGGCCAACAUUGCGGCAGCUGCCGCUGCAGUGGCUGGGAACGGGACGACUGGUGGAUCAGUGAGCACCGGUGUUGGCACAUCGAGUAGUGCUGGUGCUUUCACAUAUCAGGAUCAGCAGGACAUGAAUCAAGCACAAGGCGCACCUGAUCCUGGGCUUGCUGGGCUGGCGCUAACUGAUGGGUCGUUCGAAUGGGGCUUAGAGAUGGAUUUCCUUUAGCACAGGUCACACAAGGCAGAGGUCGUUUUCUGGCGCCCGGGCAUGGAGUUUCUGCACUGUUUAUUUGCGUCGCGUUAGAGAGAGUCUGGACUCUGUGAAAAGUUAUGUUUUUCCUGCUA